GGCGGGCGCGCUGAUCGCGUGUGCUCAGCGGGCUACCACAGUGCCGCCGCAUUCCAGCCCGAGUGCCGCGGUACGCUGUCGCCACGGAAUUGGGGCUGCCGGCUGUCAGAGGUUCACUGACCCGCCCGUGGGCCUGAAUGGGAGCAGCCCCCUGCCCGCCACCGUGCUGCAGCUCAGCCAACCCGCGGCCUCCUCCACGCUGGGACGCACCUGAGGUUUGAGGACCUCCGGCGGCGCAAGGACUUGCGCCUCUGGUAGCCGGAAAAAAACACGCACGGUGACCAGUAUGCGGGUGGCCGCCGCGCUGGCCCUGCUGUGGACCACGAUGUGCGGGACGACGCUCGCCACGUCGCAAGAGCGCCAGCAGGCGUCAGCGCUGCGCGAACGACUGGAGCGCCAGGCCUGGUCCCGGUGCAGCAGUAGCGCGGGCUCGGCGGCUCGGGCGCCCACGGCGAUCAUGGGUCCCGCGGCGGUCGAAACCCCCCCGCGGGUCGUUUCUGGCGGCGAACGCCAGACGCGCCAGGCCGAUCCCGGACCGGAAGCAGGUAACCGGGCCGCCUACCUGGUGUCGGCCACGGGCACCCUGGCAGCCGAAAGCACCGACGCAGGCCGCCUUCCGUGGCGACACUUCAGCGUGGCUCUGUGGGUGCGGCCCGAAGGUGGACAGCCUCAAGAAGCGGUCAUCCUAGAAGCUCGCGACGUGUGUUCCCCGCUGAGCGGCAAGCGCUGGUCGCUCCAGAUCGACGGCGACGGCCGCGAUGGCGAGCGCAGCGGCCACUUCGCGCUGCACCUGCAAGCGGCCCGCUCGCAGGAGACGUCGGUGCUGCGGAGCCCGGUGCCGUACUCGCCGGGACGAUGGCACCACGUGGCUGUGUCCUUCGACGGGGCACACACGCGCCUUUUCGUCAAUGGCGCCCAGGUGGCCGUGAGCAGCAAGCAGAAGAGCAGCAUGUUCCAGAAGUCUGGAUCAUCUUGUCGCAGUCUGUCGCUAGGCGGGACCCGCAGCCGCCAUUAUCGGGGCCUAGUGGAUCGGCUGCGCAUCUGGGGCCGUGGCCUUCAUCAGGCACAGGUGCACCGCGACCUUUGGCAGCCGGAGGACCCGCAGGGGGCCCUAAUCGUGGACAACUUCGAGUCUCUGGACCAGUGGGAGUGGACCAGCGGCCCGGCACACUUGGUGCAAACCCCUACGCCAGGACGCCUCGAGGGCAUCCAGCUGCAGCCGGCUCCUUGUGGCUUCACCGUAUGCGACGACCCUGACAUGGUUCUCAGCUAUCAGCGCCACUGGAGCCUCAGGGCACCUAAGAGACUCAGGUACAGGGUUGUCAACGUCAAGAACUCGGACGGAUCUAAUCCAACUGUAACUGAAGAGCAGAUUCAGAGGCAGCAUGUAGCUCUAAACAGAGCUUUUGAGCCAUACAACAUAACUUGGGAACUAACACAGGCGUCAGUGCUGAACAGCUCCUUACGACGAAGGCAGGUAACCCUAGGGUGCCCAUCUUACAAUCUGGGCGAUGGCAUCUGCAACCCAGAUUGUCAACUUGUGGCCGGCGACGGGGGUGACUGCGACCCGCCCUUGGAGUCAUGUGACCCCACCAUGGUAGGCGAUGGCAUUUGCCACAAGGCGUGCAAUCAGGCUGUCAGCAGCUGGGACGGUGGAGACUGCUGCCUCUCGAGCGACAACAAUGGAAGCUGCUUGGACCCGGCAUCGCCAAACCGAUCUUACAUCGACGUGAAAGAGUACAAAGAAUUACUUGGCCUGAAUAACACCAUGCAUAUAAACGUUCUGUUUGCACACUGGACAGACAAGGAAAUUAUUGGAAUUGCUACUUUCCCUUGGGACAAGGAUGUGUUUGCAGUUCUAGGUGGCGUCGUGGUGCAGCCAGAGCAGUUCGGACGCCCCGGCAGCUUGCACACGCUGGUGCAUGAGCUGGGACACGUGCUGGGCUUGUGGCACGUGCACCGCGGAGUGUCCGAAGUGGAGUGCCAUGACCAGUGCCUCGAGGUCCGCGCCUCGCUGCUCACCGGAGACCUGUGCGCCGACACGCGGCCCACACCUCAGAACUACAUGUGCCAGGACCCGCCAGCCGCCGCUGCGCGUUGCGGGCUUCCUCGCUUCACGGAUACCCCGUUUCACAACUACAUGGGUUACGCUGACGACACAUGCACGAAAACGUUCAGCGCCCAGCAGGCGGCACGCAUGCACUGCUUCGCGGACCUGAUGUACGGCGCCUGGCAGCGGACAGAGCAGGCGUUCCGGCCAGGUCAGCCGCCUCUGGCGCCUGCACCGGUGGCCGUCGAGGGCCGCAGCGUCACCCUGUCCUGGGUCCCGCCGACAGCCAGUGUGCAGAGGGGCGAGUGCGCAGCCUGCGACGACAACCGCUCCCUGACGCAGUUCGCUUGGCGGGCCGCCGACGGCGCCGGCCCUAGGGAUUCCUGGGAGGCUCGGCAAGCCACCGGAGCUCCGGAUGCCGAAGCGUGCACGCUAAGCUACAACGCAUGGCUACCAGCCGCCGAGUCGUGCGAUGAACCACGCGACUGCACGCUCAGCCUAGAGUUCGAGCACACGGUCGUGCCGUCGGCGCUCUCCAUCUGGCUUCCCUGGAACUCACGGCAGGGGCUUCGAGAACUCGUUCUCUUCUACGCCGACGGCUCACAAGAUGUCAUCAAGGGCGUGACAGCGUACUGCGACAUGCCCUUCACCAUGCCCUUACACACUGACAAAGAACUUGUUAAGAUGCACGCAGUCGCCGCCAGUCCAAUGGUUGCGGUGGAUGCAGUGCAGGUGACGUCGGCGGCGAACCACGCGUCGUGUGCGACGUGCAAGCCGCUUCGUUAUCGUGUUUUCCGUAAGCCGCCUUUCUCUUCAGCGGACUCCAAGCUAUCCGAUGGCCUUCGUUUCACGGACAUCGAGGUCGAGGAGGGAGCCGUGUACCAGUACGAAGUCCAAGCUUGGAUGGGCAGCAGGAGCAGCGAAUUGUCUCCUGCUCUUCUCUACACACACGGCCAAGGCUUCUGCGGGGAUGGAAACGUUGAUCAAGGGGAAGAAUGUGAUGACGGAAAUACUUGUCCAAGUGACGGCUGCGAUCCGAAAUGUCACUUUGAAAAGAAGUUUAUGUGCAAAGGUUCGCCAAGCAUGUGCUACGCCUACGAAGACGAUGGCGUCUGCGAAUCUUCAGAACGGGAAAGUAACGUCAGGGACUGCGGAUUCUUCACUCCACCCGGAUUUUUCGACCAGUGGGCAUCUUCUGUUCACAUUGCAGCUGACAUACUAAGGACCGAUUGUCCUCCAGAAGCGAUUCUAGGUCCUCCGCCAAAGGAUCAGAUAUGUGGCCGUGACCUCAGCACCAACCAUUCGUGGCACCCGUGCGACGUACCUGAAGCGUCUGCUUACACGUUGAUCGCCUCCUUCGAGAGACCAGUGGUGGCGGUGGCCGUGCAGGUCUACAUCGCGUCCGAGGGUCUGGCUACUCUCUCCUUGCCUUUACUGACCGUGGAACUGCUUCACGACGAGAGCUCCACCGGAGGCGACCACCAGACCGUCUACGAGUUCGUCGAUUCGCGACGCGUGUCAUGUCGGGCGAAUCCCAUCGAAGUUCGCGUGGUUCAUGACCUGACUCAGCCGUUCCGCCUUACUAGGUCCGUACGCAUCAACUUCACAGCUCCAGACAUCUCGAUAGGGGCCGUGCGCCUGAGGUCCUCUAGGACUCUGAACCCUGUGGCCGUGUCCCAUUGUUCUUCCAAGGAGCUCUACCACCCGGCCCUGGAGAAAUGUGUGAACUACAGCUGCGAGAGACCUCGUUGCGCCAAGCCUUCCAUGAGGAACGCCCGCCUCCUGUGCGAGGGGGAAGAAGAGGGAGACACGUGUGUGAUUCGCUGCGACGAGGGCUACGUUCUCGCCGGCGACGACAGUGGCGACCGUCUCAUGUGCAACGGCGGCACGUGGAUUGGCUCAGAGAAUCUGUGCAAGCCGGUGGACUGUAAAACGCCGCUGAUUGCGCACGCCGAUCCGAUGUGCACCGACGGUACCACGUUUGGCAAGACCUGCAGCUUCAAGUGCAGGCCACCGGCCAGGUUUAAAGGAAGUGCCGGGGGUCAGGCAAGUAUUGUAUGUCAGAAGGACGGCCGCUGGUCCGAGCCUGAGCACCAGUGCCACGUGUCUUGCCCAGCGCCGUCUGCUCCUCCGCACGCCGUCAUGGCUAAUUGUCGCGGCUCCGAGCACCUCCACUUCGGCCACAAGUGCCGGUUUCACUGCAAGACUGGAUACCACGUCAAAGGCCACGCCAACAAAAAGAGAGCCUUCCAUUUGGUGUGCAGCGAGACCGGCGCGUGGACCGGACCAGCGUGUACCCCAGUAGCCUGCCCAUCAUUUCCGUCCGUGUACACAGGGCUUUACAGAUGCACAGACUCCUGGUACGCGGGCUCUAUCUGCACCCUCACCUGUCCGGGCACACCCACUACAGCAGAACUAAGGUGCGAACUGGAUGGCGUUUGGAACAGAGACCCUCCUGUGUGCAGUUUUAGCCACCUCAGCUGCCCUGAACCCCGAAAUCGCUCGGGUGUCAUCCACUUUCGUUGUGCUACAACGAGCGUUGGUUCAACAUGCAAUGUGACCUGCCAUCAACCAGACUACGAGCCGGUGUUUUCCCAAGACAGCCGGCAUCUCUCACUGGCGCAGGCCAUCGUCUGCUCUGGGGCAGGCCUUUGGCACCCGGAUACGGACUCUAUAGAAUGCCGGCGCAAGUGUAACAAAGAAUACAUAGGAGACGGCUGGUGUGACGCCGCUAACAACCAGGAGCAUUGCGACUGGGAUGGUGGGGACUGCUGUGCCUCCACCGUGGCUGGUCAUGUGAUAAAGAGCUUCCCUCCCAAUUGCCCCGUCGACGAGUGCGUUUGCAAGGACCCGCGCGGCCGCCAGUGACUUGGCAAGCUCUGUGCGCUUGUGUGUGUGACGCCGCCUUGCGUGGAGGACCACUGUCGGGCUCGCUCGCAAAAGGACGUUAGUCACAUCGCCACGAACUUCGUUAGCCUGAAAAUAAAUGAAAUGUUGGGAAGUUUAUUCCUCCCCAUUCCUGAA